AUGAUACUUCAAUCAUCCGCCUACGAACAAUUGAUCGGAAUGCCCUCGAAUAGACGCCAACAAACGGUUCAAUCUUCCACAGCAUCUGGUUCGGCUAAAUCUGCAUCCAAACCUGAAAAUAAGAAUGGCUCCAAGAUGACCAGUGUUCCGAAAGGGCUAAGCAGCAUUGAAAUUUUCGAUACAUUACCAACUGUGGCCACCACAAGUAACGGUAUAAAUCAUCACAGCGCAGCAACACCUAACACUAAUGGAUCCCCAAACGUAAAUAGGAAGAAACAGAAGCGUCGCGAAAAAGAAGCGGCAAAGAGAGCCGCAGCAGAUCAGCAAUCAGGUCCCUCCGUCAACAGUGUGUCACCAUCGAUUUCCAUGCAGCGAAAAAUGCAGGAGCUGGAAGAUUGUCUCCGAAAGCAUAGCUUAGAAGACCAGUUCACCUCAAGACAACAGAUUGAACCCUGCGAUGAUGAACCGUACUACAGUGACGAAGUUUACUCCGGCUCCUUUGAAGCAAACGGGUCACUUCAAAAUGACUACGAAACCUUGUCCCCCAACAAUGCAAAUGUGAAAAAAUCAAAGAAAAAGAGGAAAUCAAAAAGUGGACAGGCUAGAGCUUCUGUUAACGCCCGAGGCAACGAAGCAAUCGAAAAUCAUGUUGGAAUCCCUCUCCCUUCUGUUGAAAACAACAAUGUGUCGAGAGGGCCGGGAAUCUCAAAGGAAAAAAUCUGGAACACCUCUUCUCAGGAAGAGCGAGAGAGAAUAAAAGAGUUUUGGCUAUCGUUAGGUGAGGACGAGCGGAAAUCUCUCGUGAAAGUCGAAAAAGAUGCAGUCCUAAAAAAGAUGAAGGAGCAACAGAAGCAUUCUUGCAGUUGCACAGUGUGCGGUCGAAAGCGUACUGCUAUCGAAGAGGAACUCGAAGUACUCUAUGAUGCCUAUUAUGAGGAGCUAGAACAGUAUGCAAAUCAUCAAGGAGAUAAUGGACAUCCCAUGAUGCCUCCCCCUCGUCGCUUUGGAGCCAUGAGCGGAAUCCAGCCACCUAAUCUUUUGCCACCAGUCUUUAAUCCCCAGCAACCAUCCAGAGGUCGAAUUGUCGAACAACUUGAUGAAGAUGACGACGAGGAUGGAGGAAAUGAAGAAUAUAGUGAGGACGAGGUUGAAGAUGAUGAGGAUGACGACUACAGUGAAGAUGAACCCGAAGAGAUUCCCAGGAGUCAUGCAGCAGAUUUUUUUAAUUUUGGUAACAGUCUUACGGUGCAGGGUGGAAUCCUAACUGUUGCAGACGAUUUGUUGAAAAACGAUGGUAAAAAAUUCAUUGAGAUGAUGGAACAGCUCGCCGAACGCAGAAUGGCAAGGGAAGAAGAUGCACGGGAGCAAUUUACUAACCCUAUUUAUGUUCAGCCUCCCAAUACUACUCUACAUAGUCAUUCUCACGUACACAAUCAUCCUGCUCCACCAGAGGAGGAGGAUUAUGAUGAGGACGAAGAAGAUGAGGAAGAAUAUGAUAGCCAGGAUGAAGAUUAUGAUGAAGAAGAGUUGAGCACAAUGACCGAGGAACAGCGUAUGGAAGAAGGAAGAAGAAUGUUCCAAAUAUUUGCUGCUCGGAUGUUUGAACAGAGAGUUUUAACCGCGUAUAAGAAAAAGGUGUCUGAGGAACGUACGCAAAGGCUUUUGGAAGAGCUUGAAGAGGAAACCAGAGCCAAGUCAGAGAAACAAGCGAAGAAAGCACGUGAUGCCCAGAAAAAGAAGGAGAAACUUGUUCAAAAAAAACUAGCUUUGGCUGAGGAAAAGGCAAGAAGAGAAGCUGAGGAAGCUGAAAAACUGGCCGCUAUACGGCAGGCCGAGGAAAAAAGGGCCGAAGAAGCACGUAUCAGGGCAGAAUUAAAAAGAAAAAAGAAAGAGGCGCUGAAAAAAGCCGAAGAAGAAGAACGCCUACGCAAAGAAGCUGAGAAAGUGCGCCGUGUUCAGGAGCAGCGUGAGCGUCAAGCAGAACAAGAACGUAAACAGCGUGAGGCAAAGGGAAGAGAACGUAAGGAGAAAGAUGAGCAAAGGCAAAAGGAUAAAGAGGCUAAGGAAGCGAAAGAGCGUGAAGCAAAGGAACGUCGAGAGAAAACUGAACGCGAGAGACAGGAUGCCGAGGUCAAAGCGAAAGCUGAAAAGGAACACAGGGAAAAACAAAGGCGUGAGGAAUGUGUAAGUCAAAGAGAUGCCGCCCCGGUGGCCCCGCAUACUACGACUGCAAAGCGUCCUCCUAUCCCUAUACCUGUUAAUUUACAACCUCAUCAAAUCGCAUCCCCACAUAUACCAGUUGCUACACCCGCAAUUUCUAAGGCACCUACACCAAUAAAGUUUAGAAAACCUUCACAACAAGACUCGAGUUCUCCAAUGCCCCACACUCCUCAAAACAGUGGGCUAAAUAAUGAUAUUUCUCCUCUCUCAGCACACCCUCAGAAUAGUCCUGGUCUGAUUGGCCCGCCUAGCAAGGCACAAUCCCCUUAUCCUUUUCUACACCAACCGCAAGCUACUUCACCAAUGCACGCAGCAUUAAAGAGUCCUCCUGGGAUUUUAUCACAGCCAAAUCCCUUCGGUAACAUGCAGUCAAUGAAUGUUUUACCUUUCCCUCCGGGCAUGCCAAUAAUGGGUCCAGGCUUUGGUCGUUUGCAGCACGAACCAGUGUUUCCAUCUCAACAGGGGAUCGGAGCACAGUUUAGGCCCAUCGUUGGAUCGAAUGGAAUACCACUCUCCAUAAACAUGCAUCAGAUUCCGCAAGGCCGAGGAUUUCCAAUCCAACAUGGACCACCAGGAUAUCCUCCUGGAUUACAGGGUAACGGUCUUGGCGGAAUUGGUCAAGCAUUCAGCGCACAAAAAGAUCAUCCAGUGCCUCAGACGCAUUCACGUCAGCAAUCUGGAAGCCUUGAUAUAUCCGGGCCUUCGGCUCAACCUAUUGCUCGUCCAGCACCGAUCGGUCGACCUGCUAGUAUCGUUCAUGGUCAACAUUCGCGGGAUGCAAAGAAUGAUGUAGAUGAUUUAAGUAAUCACCUUGGGAGCAGUGCAUUGCUUGAUGAUUCUGAUGAACCAAUCAAUUCAGAUACUGCUCCACGAAAUAUAAGCGGCGGGCAUAGACAAAGCUUUGUAGCUCCUUUUGGGUUGGCACAGCCUACUUUUCCCGGGCCUAAUAACAGCUACGGCAGUUGGGGGGCUGGACCUUCGAAUCCAUUUGGACCUUCUUCUCUACCGGAUCCGAAUUUAGUCGGAGGCUGGCCAUCAAACGGUUUCAUGGUUGGAGCUCAAAAUGUUCGCCUACCCCAAUCCCGCUCUGUUGGCGUGCGAUUAAUGAUUUGUCGGGCAUGUAAGAAUCUAGAAUGCGGGUCACCUGACAACUAUAACAGUCUUAAGGCAAUCAAGGAUCAAAUUGACCAUAUGAACCCACCAGGCGAAGUGAAUGUUUCGGAAAAAGAAAUACUUGAUAUCUGUGAGACUGAGGGCAAUUCCGUGAAUGGCGGUGGUUCAUUUGAAGUUCGUGACGAUGGAAAUGGACACAUGUCGAUUCGUUUUGAAAGUGAAAUCUCUUCCCACCGACCUUUGGCAGUCCCUGGUGAGAUUGGGAGUCCUAUUAUAAGCAACGGUGGACUAACUCGCUUUCCUCCUGCUCACCCGCCGCAUUGGUAUUAG